AUCCUGUUGAAGUCUAACAUCUUGUCUCGGAUACAAUCUUUGGCUGUUGCUCAAGUGACAAAUAGUGACGUCAAACGAAACCCCUCCCCUAUCCAUGACUCCUCUUCCUCAAUUGAACACCUGAGCCUCAAACUCACCUGUGCCCAGGCGAGAGUAUGAGGAGGUAUUCAGGUCUGAGGAGGUCUGAGGAGGUGCUCAGUUGAGAGGAGGUGCUCAGGUCUGAGGAGGUCUGAGGAGGUGCUCAGUUGAGAGGAGGUGUGAGGAGGUGCUCAGGUCUGAGGAGGUGCUCAGUUGAGAGGAGGUGUGAGGAGGUGCUCAGGUCUGAGGAGGUGGUCAGGUCUGAGGAGGUGCUCAGUUGAGAGGAGGUGUUCAGGUCUGAGGAGGUCACAGUGACUGAAGGACUCUACUUUUCCUCCUGUGGAUGUGUCAACAGCAGCUAAAUGUAGGAGAAGAGUUUGACACCCGUCCUAAACCGCUGUGAGGGCACAGGACGUGAGAGGGUCGUGCCAGGAUGAGGACAGCACUCGGGUUGGCUCUGCUCUUGCUGCUGUCUGCAGCUGUUGAGUCCAACAGCAUGUCUCCACCAGGGAAACCAGUCCUCCUCGGCUGCAGGUCACCUGAGAAGGAGACAUUUACCUGCUGGUGGGAGCCGGGCUCUGACGGCGGGCUGCCGACUAUGCAUCGCUUCUUCUACGAGAGAGAAAGACUGGAGGGAACACACGAGUGUCCUGACUACCUCUCUGCAGGGAAGAACUCCUGCUUCUUCGACAAGGGCCACACCUCCAUCUGGGUGGAUUAUUAUCUGACAGUUGUGGCCUCCAAUGCAUUAGGGAACGCCAGUUCAGUCCCCCUUAAGAUCGAUGUCAUGGAGAUUGUGAUGCCCGACGCUCCUGGAAACAUCAGCCUGCAGGUGAUGAAGAGGGAGGACCACCCGUAUCUCCACGUCCGGUGGGAGAGUCCCCAAAACACAGACAGCCAGUCAGGAUGGGUCACCAUUAAAUAUGAACUCAGAUUUAUACAAGAGGACGACAGCGAGUGGAAGGAGUACGCGUCAGGAACACAAACCCAGUUCAACCUGUACAACAUCGAUCCCGGGUCGACCUACGUGGUUCAGGUCCGCUGCAGGCUAGACCACAGCUCCUGGAGCGAGUGGAGCAACUCUACCUCCGUGAAAACCUUUAACUAUCGUCAGAGGGAGAAACCCUUCUGGAUAUUGCUCUCCAGCCUCUCUACAGUGCCGUUUCUAACACUGUGUGUCUUGGUCAUGAAGAGGAAACGUGUGAAGCAGUGUCUUCUGCCUCCUGUUCCUGGUCCAAAGAUACGAGGAAUUGAUGUUCAGCUUCUCAAGAGGGGACGAUCUGAAUAUGUCAACAACGCCCUGAUCAUCAACCAGACCUUUCCUUCUGUGUCAGCCUGGAAGGAAGAGAGCGAGGAGUAUUUAAUCGUGUCUGAUGACGUGCGUCUGCCCGACUUGUCCAGUUCUCAAAAAAGGAAGAAAAGCUUGAGUAUUGCUGCCGGCCUCCUCUUUGACUUUGAAAUACACUGCAUGGAGCUGUCCCCGAGCCAAAUGGACAGGGAGAAGGCCGAGGAAAGAAAGAAUGAAAUAAAUAACUUUGCAAACAGCAGUGCAUCUCUCUCGGGAGUUGGUCUACUUAACAAGAAGACACUGCCAGAGGCCGCAGAUCAGAGCAGUGUCCAGCUUCUCUCAAUCUGCGGUUACGUGGAUAUUCAAAGACAUAACAGCCUGCAGGAGGUGGACUACACCAGAGUGAAGGAGGUGAACGGUGACAAUAUUCUCCUCCUCCAUAAAGACAGAGUCCAUGGCUGUGAGGAUGUUCAGACGCGAGAGGAGAACAUACCAAAGGACUACAGCAGGGUGGAGGAGGUGGUCAGCAACAAUCAGCUCCUCCUGCAGACACAAAGCACCUCCUCUGACUCCUGGAAGAAGAGUGAGCGCUACACAGUGUUCACUAAUAAGAAGUCGAGAAAUCCUCAUGAAACUGAAGCCAGUGUUACUAAAGUGGGCCCAGAACUAAUCGUUGGUGAAUAUGUUGAUACCUUCCCAACACCGCCUCUAAUGUAAAGUGUUAUUUCACAUGAAAUGUAGAAAAUAAAAAAGACAGAUGAACCAAGUGAUUUACAAAGAUUUUUAACAAUUAAAUGAGCCGUAUUCUGCUCAUAUUCAGGUUAAUAAUUUGUUAUUACUUGAAAAGGUUUACAAGCUCUAAUGUUCAAAAACAACACAUCACUUUCCUCAGACUGUCCAUUGCUGCACCGCCUCUUUUCACCCCCUCUGUGAAACACUUGAUUUCAGCUCCUGUCUCUUUAAAGCCUUCCGAUUAAACCAAGUCUGCUCUGAUUGGUCA